AUGCGCAAGCCCGACACUGAAGUAGUAAAAUUACUUCAAGAAGAGCACAUUGACAGAGCUAUCUAUGGCAUUGGUCUAACUUCAUACAAGGCCAUACGUCGAAGAUUAGGUUUGCUCUCUGCAAGACAACAAGGUCAUACGGUGGAAAGCAUCAAAGAAAGCAUGGUUGCACUUAGAAAACGCUUUCCAAAGGCUGGUGCUCGUGAUAUGGGGUCCCUUUUAUUUCAUCAUUAUGGAAUGCUUGUACCACGCGAUUUAAUUGUUGUCUACUUCCGAGUAUAUGAGCCAGAGCUUAUUCGAGAACGCAAAGCACGUCGUCUGCGUCGUAGGCGAUUUUGGGCAGCUGGAGUCAAUGAUAUAAUUGCCGUUGAUCAGCAUGAUAAGUGGAAACGGUUUGGGCUUGCCUUGCACAAUGGAGGUGAUCCAUUUGACGGAUAUAUUCAUUGGUACAAGAUUUGGUGGACAAAUAGCAAUCCAAAGUUAAUUGCUUCUUAUUAUUUGAAUGUUGUUGAGAAGAACAAGUGCAUUCCCCUUAUUACUCAAAGCGAUCCUGGAUCUGAAAACUAUGGGAUUGCAAAUGCCCAAACCACUCUGCGACAUAUGCACGACCCUAGGCUAAUUGGUACAAUUCAACAUCGCUGGAUGCGCAAGAAAAAGAACAUAAAACCUGAAAUAUCCUGGUCUCAACUUCGCAGUCGCUUUACUCCAGGAUUUGAAGAUUUAUUGGAUUAUGGAGUUAACAAUGGUUUAUAUGACAUAGGACGUCCUCUUGAUCUCCUUGUGUUUAGAUAUCUGUUUAUUCCUUUUCUUCAAGUUGAGCUUGAUGCAUGGACAGAUAUGGUCAACAAUACCCAAAAACGAUCUGACCGAAAUAAAAUACUUCCACAUGGCAUUCCUCAACAUAUACAUCUGUUUCCUGAAAGAUAUGGAUGUUUGGACUUCAAGAUUCAGGUUAGCCAGGAAGCUAUUGAUGAAGUCAGACAAAUAUUUGCACCUCCAGAGGACCCAGUCUUUCAACUAGUCCCACCAGAGUUCAAGCACUAUGCUGAUAUACUUUACCAAAGUAUGGAAAGUCCAGUACUUACUUCGGAGAAUAUAUGGGAGGUGUAUUCUGAACUUCUCUAUCGCUUUGAAAAUCUUGACAAUGCUGUGGACUUUAUUGAAGAAUGUCAAGUUUAUAUCGAGGCAAUGGAGCUACAAGACAAUGAAGACGAUGAGAAUUCUUUCAAGCCUCAAGGAAGAGAUCUGUUUGGUGGGAUAGACAAUUCCAAAAGUGAUGGAACCUAUUACAUGGGUGGGGUUAAUAAUGGUCAUGGGCUAGAUAACGAGCAUUAUAGGAUACUUGAUGCAAUGGACGAGAAUGAUGGAGAGCUAGAAAUUGAUGAGGCUCAGUUUACAGAUGAUGAAAACGAGGAAGACGAGGGCGAGGAUGUACUGAUAUAA